UUCUUCACUCAUCUCCCCCUCCCUCUCCUCAUUUUCUCUCUCCAUCUCUUUGUUUCAAGCUCAAUUCUCAAUGUAAUUAACCAUCCUCUCUCUCUAGGUUUUUAUAGAAUAAUGUAUUUGUAGUUAAGGGGUUGAAGAAAAAAUUCUAAAAAAAAAAACGCUUGUUUGUGCAGGAAAAUGGCUCUUCUUGGUUUUUUCUUGGUGGGUUUUCUCUCCAUGGCUUCACUUGUCCAUGGCUAUGGAGGGUGGACCAAUGCUCAUGCCACCUUCUAUGGCGGCGGUGAUGCCUCUGGGACAAUGGGUGGGGCAUGUGGGUAUGGAAAUUUGUAUAGUCAGGGUUAUGGAACAAACACAGCAGCUCUGAGCACAGCUCUGUUCAACAGUGGGUUGAGCUGCGGGUCUUGCUAUGAGAUUAGGUGUGUGAAUGAUGGUAAAUGGUGCCUGCCUGGCUCCAUUGUGGUCACAGCCACCAAUUUCUGCCCACCAAACAAUGCCCUCCCUAACAAUGCUGGAGGCUGGUGUAACCCUCCCCAGCAACACUUUGACCUCUCCCAACCUGUCUUCCAACGAAUUGCCCAAUACAAAGCUGGUAUUGUCCCUGUUUCUUACAGAAGGGUACCCUGCAGGAGGAGGGGAGGCAUAAGGUUCACUAUCAAUGGGCACUCCUACUUCAACUUGGUCCUCAUAACUAAUGUUGGUGGUGCUGGGGAUGUCCAUGCUGUGGCCAUCAAAGGGUCAAGGACUGGUUGGCAGCCAAUGUCAAGGAACUGGGGCCAAAACUGGCAGAGCAACAACCUACUCAACGGACAGACCCUCUCAUUUAAGGUCACCACCAGUGAUGGUCGCACUGUGGUGUCCUACAACGUUGCCCCAGCUAGCUGGUCCUUUGGUCAGACCUUCAGUGGAAGACAGUUUCGCUAGAGGACCCUUUAUUUAAGCUAGGGUUUGCUAGUAUUUGUAUUAAUGAGACUCUUUAGUAUGGUAGAGAUUAUAUAUAUAUAUAGAUAUAUAGAUAUAUAAAUAUGUAGUACUCCAUAUAUAGUCAAAUUUGGCCUCUAGGGUCAAAAAUGAGAAGUGGGCUUAUUUUGAAUGGCCCCUCUCAUUUUUAGUUGAUUGCAGGGUAUCCUACCCUUCAUUCUUGAGGCCUUCUUUCUUCCUACUGUUGUAAGGCAGAGGAUUGGUGGCAGAGGUGGUGGACUUUUACCACCCGCCAAGUAGUAAUUAGUGGUGUUUUUACUUUCAUUUGGGGACCUUUCUGUUGUUUUUGGUGCUUGUAAGGUCACUGUAUUCAUCUUCUCUGCUGAAGAUGUUGUCCUUAGUUUGUUGUGUUUGGUUUGUGUAUGAGACUAUAAAUUUGUAGAUUCGAUUUCAGUAGUAAUGAGAAGUGAUUGCUUAUUUAUUACUA